GUAUGUAUGGGAGGGGGGUGUGCAGCCAAAGCUGUUUCUGAUGCACCUGUUACUUCUGCAGCCAGGGUCAGUGGGUUGUGGAAAGCCACGUGAUUUACAGCUGAUUCUGCAGGGGAGAAAGUAACUGGAGACGGGGCCUGAGUUGGCAGUGGCAAUACGUGUGCUCUUUCCUUGCUAGAUGUUCUCGCUUUGCGCUUCUCCGCCCUCCCACUUUGGCGAGCGGGACUCUAGGCACGUGCACGGACAGGACACGUCCAAGAGAAGCAGGGUGUGGAGUGGACAGAGCUAGAUGGUUCAGAGCACUGAGAGCAUGGUGAGGGGAUGCAGCACCUUCCCCCUCCAGGAGCCCGGGUUCUAGUCAGCUGCAGGGUGCUAGCAACUGAAAACCGUGACUCAUUGGUCUCCAUUGAAUGAGCCGGUGCCAACCUGAUUUCAUGCAGGCAGGUAUCUGCUCACAGAAAACAGCACUACGGGUCGGCAGAGAAAUUAGGACAGUGUCCGGGGGCUUGAUCUCCACCUGCUGCCUCUCCGGGUGAGCAUGGAGGCACAUUAGCCAUGCAGUGUGCAUCUGCCCUGUGGCUAAAGAGCUAACAUCCGUCUCCAGGGCAGUCGAUCUAGCACCUGGCAGCAUUGCUGAAAUGUCAAGUAGAGAAGGGGGGUGGGAGGAGGAGAUGAGGAGGUGGAAAUUAGCGGGACUGGUCCUUUCCCCCACAGGCGGCAGUUGCAUCCCUCUGCUCCCUGGGGUUCUAAUGAAAAACGUGCUGUCCUGUUUUUAUUGAUCUAAACCAGGCUUCACACAUAGACCAAAAAUAGUUUCCCUCCCCACUGCGCAUGUUGUGAGGUCUUAGGAAUUGGAGGAAUGGCUGUGAGCAAGGAGCAGCAGCUGUCUGGGUGGGUUCCAAGGCAGAGCUAGCAGAGCGCUGUUCUUUAAUUGCUCUAUAUUUGAACAUCUAGAAAUACUUGGAGUCCUCUGGUGUGCUACAGUCUCAUGCCUUUAAGGCUGGGGUUGGGGAGAAGGGUCACAGGGGACUUAAUAGUCACAUUCCACUGAACAAUGCUUGCACCUUUCAAAUUAUACUGGGCCUUAGACCUUGGAAUCCUGCCUCAUUGCUAAGGUAGGAGAGCAGCAUGUCUACUAGUUGAGCAUGGUGGCUUCUAUUCAUGGCUUUGACGCGUGUUUGCUCUGUGUCAUUGGGCAAGUAGCUGGCUGCCCGACUGUGCCACCUUUGGUGACCUUAAUAGCUAGAACUAUAGACCGUCCCACUGACUUAAACGGGACUCCCUGUGCAUGGGCAAGGGUGGGGCCCUCGAUCACUGUGGAUCUCAGUUUCCCUAUCUGUAAAAUAGGAAUGAUACUUAAUUUUUCAUCUGUAUCGCCCUGAGAUCUCUGCCCGGUUCGUUUGUAUAACUUGCUUUGAAUGAGCCCUGAUCACCCGUCAACAUCCUCUUAUAACCUGCUUCAUAAACAAGGCAGAUCUACCAAGGAAUUUAUUGGUAACUAUUCUAAAUAUUACCCCCAGCUGUACCCUUUUAAGCUGUGGAAUAAGGUCCACUUGGUGGGUACAUCUGGCUGUAAUUCUGCUGCGUGUGGUGACGCGGGGCGGUGCAUGUGUCCCCGGGACCCAGGAUAAAAUUGUAAGCUAUACAAUGGCUUGAUAGUUCACUUACCAAAAUAAAAUGUCCCUCUCUGGUGCCCUCUUGUUAUAAUUUUGGUCUCUUAAACUUGGAUUCCCCAUAUGCUCCCCCGUGCCCCCAAAUUCAUCCCACGUGGAUUUCCUUCUCUGUUCACUGAAGUCACCCUAACAGCUGUGCCAGCCAGCAAUGUGCUCCCUCUGAUCUAAGUGCCCUGCUCUUGCUUCUUCUGGGGGAAUUUGGGGCUCUCAGCACCCCCUUUAUUUAAGAGGCCCUGUUGCAAACCUCCGUUGCAGAUAACUCAAGAGCCUGUGUCCUAUCCGCAGACUGCGGCUAGGGAAAGGAUUCUGCUCCAGCAGAGGAAACAGUUAAAGAUUAAGGGCGGGGGUGCCGCUUUCAGAGGAACAUGCCAUCCCGACUUGGCCAAUGGGGAGGCAGGGUGUGUGGCAUAGCAUAGUGGAGCUAAUUGCCACAGUCCUGCUCAGGGGUUACUACGAGUCAGUCUCCUGGCUGGAAGCUGCAGCAUGAGUGGUGGCUACGGGGUGGGAGGCAGGGUGAGCUGAUCUACUGAUUCCUUCGCUACGCAGGCCACGCACAUGGCUCUAAUCCCAGAUGUCCAAGUAGUGGGGUGGGGGGAGUCUGCCCAGCAGGCAUCCAAAAUGGACCCUCGUUUGUAACCUUCUGUACUGCUCGGGUGCCCCCUCCGCAGCAGGCCUGGGAAUGUGCUCGCUCCUGGAGCUUCGGAUCUGCGUAAAAGUUUAUGGAGAUUCUGAAUGACUCAACGUGCGCGAGACGCGAUGGGAGAGGAGUGGCUGCCGGGCUCUGUGCUUUCCACUGCUUCCUGGCCUCGUCGUCCCUCUCGCCUGCUCCCCGCCCCGUGGAAAUGACCGAUGCAGGGAAAAAUGAUCAUCUUCUCCACUCCAUUCGCUGUGAUCUCCUACUUCCUGAUAUGGUUUGUGCCAGACCUCUCGAGUGGCCAAGUGAUGUGGUAUCUUCUCUUCUACUGCAUGUUCCAGACCCUUGUGACGUGUUUCCAUGUUCCCUAUUCAGCGCUCACGAUGUUCAUCAGCAGGGAGCAGAGCGAACGGGAUUCCGCUACCGCCUAUCGUAUGACGGUGGAGGUGCUGGGCACCGUGCUGGGUACAGCCAUCCAGGGGCAGAUCGUGGGCCAGGUGGACACGCCGUGCAUUCAGGACUCCCGCCUCUUUGGCGUCACUAACUCCUCGGUGGCCAUGGAGGAGGUGAACAUUACCCGUGAUGCCGGCUCCCUCACGGACACGAGAAACGCCUACAUGAUUGCAGCGGGAGUCAUUGGUGGGAUCUACAUACUCUGUGCCAUCGUCCUGUUUCUGGGCGUGCGGGAGAAGCGAGAUGCCUCUGAGCUCCAGUCGGAUGAGCCCAUCUCUUUCUUCCGGGGGCUGAAGCUGGUGAUGAAACACGGUGCCUACAUCAAGCUGAUUGCUGGCUUCCUCUUCACCUCGCUCGCCUUCAUGCUGCUGGAAGGGAACUUUGCCUUGUUUUGUACCUACACCCUGGGAUUCCGCAACGAAUUCCAGAACAUCCUCCUAGCCAUCAUGCUCUCUGCCACCUUGUCUAUCCCCCUCUGGCAAUGGUUCCUCAUGCGCUUUGGGAAGAAAACUGCUGUGUAUGUUGGGAUCUCGUCUGCCAUCCCCUUCCUCAUCAUGGUUGUCGUUCUGGAGAGUAACAUGAUCGUCACCUACGUUGUGGCCAUUGCAGCUGGGAUCAGUGUCGCUGCUGCCUUCCUCUUGCCAUGGUCCAUGCUGCCAGAUGUCAUAGACGACUUCAACCUCCAGCACCCAGACUCCCGUGGCCAUGAAGCUAUUUUCUUCUCCUUUUACGUCUUCUUCACCAAGUUCGCCUCCGGGGUGUCUCUGGGGAUCUCCACACUCAGCUUAGACUUUGCAGGCUAUAAGACCCGGGGCUGCUCCCAGCCCGAGGAGGUGAAAUUCACGCUGAAGAUGCUGGUAUCGGCAGCCCCGGUGGGGUUGAUCCUGCUAGGCCUGCUCCUAUUCAAGCUGUACCCCAUCGACGAGGACAGGCGGAGGGAAAACAAGAAGGCCCUGCAGGAUUUAAGGGAGGAAAACAGCAGCGACUCGGACUCCACGGAACUCGCCAGCAUCGUGUGACCCCGGCUCACCUCCAUCUACUGUUUACACACUGGGAGUCUUCAGGGACUGGACGGGGUCGCUGCCGAGUAACCACGUUACCCAGAACUCCUGGAGAUGCUGGUGACGUGCUACGCGGGGCUUUGUGGAGCAUCUGUGGUGAAUGUUACAUGGGAUCUGCGGGCAAUGGUCUCGGGCCAUCCAUGGGAUCCAUAGAGUGCCGGUAGUGUACGUUACACGGGAUCUAUUCAGUACUGCACUAAUGUGCCUCUUAACGAACAAACACUACACCAGCCUGGCCCGCGCAGCGCUGUCUGCAGAGCACAGCAGCCUGAGCCAGGAAGCUAUUGCUCGUAACACACAGGAGACUUGUGCGUACUCUCUGCCUCUCACACACUGAUUUGCCUGGUACUGCAGGCACUGAAUAUGGCACAGAUCCUUGCAGUAUUGUCUCUGGAUCACUCGUGGACCCAUGUGGUGCUGGUAGUGUACAUUACACUGUUAAUGUGAAUGAGAUGAAGAUUAACUCACCUGUACGAUCUGUAAAAUAAGGACACUAAUGUAGAAAGAGCUGGGUUUUUUAUAAAGUCUAAUUAAUUAAAUAACUUAAUGAUUUGUAAAUAGAAAUUAUUUUUCCCUAUUUGUAUAUGUCUGUAUGGAAUCCAAACUGGAACUAUUAAUAUUAAUUUACAUAAAAGUGGGGAAAUGUCA